AGGCGGGGGCCGAGCGGUGGGAGGCAGGGGCGCCCUAGUGUUCAAUGAGGGCCAUGGAGGCCCGGCAGCCCCCGUCUAGAAGCUUUUUCUCCAAGGCUUUUGGGCCCUUCCCUCGUGUUCUGGCUGCAGAAGCGGUGGCCGAUUCGGAGUCCCUGGCCAAGGACCAGACGCUUCCUUUCUACGUCCCCGAACCCCAAUUCCCGGAAUCAGGAUGGGACCGUCUGCGGCAGCUGUUUGUCAAAGAUGAACAGCAAAGAAUGUCAAAGGAACUUGAGAAUAUUUAUAGGGCAGCAGUUUCAGCAGGCAUCAUUGGAUGGGCUUAUGGGGGAAUACCAGCUUUUAUACAUGCGAAACAGCGCUACAUUGAGCAGAGCCAAGCAGAAGUUUAUCACAACCGGUUUGAUGCUGUGCAAUCUGCACAUCGAGCUGCCACACGAGGCUUCAUUCGCUAUGGCUGGCGCUGGGGGUGGAGAACCACUGUGUUUGUCACUGUUUUCAAUACAGUGAAUACUGGUCUAACUGUAUACAGAAAUAAAAAUGCCCUAAGCCAUUUUGUCAUUGCAGGAGCUGUCACAGGAAGCCUUUUCAGAAUAAACCUGGGCUUGCGUGGCCUGGUUGCUGGUGGUAUAAUUGGAGGAUUGCUUGGCGCUCCAGUUGGAAGCCUGUUGAUGGCUCUUCAAAUGUAUUAUGGUGAGACUGUUCAGGAAAGAAAACAGAAGGAUCAAAAAGCACUCCAUGAGCUGAAGUUGCAGGAGUGGAAAGCAAGAUUACAGUUUACAGAGCUCCUCCCUGGAGAAAUCGAAAGUGAUUUACAGAAAAAUAAAUCCAAAGAAGAUGCUGAGAAAAUUGAAGCCUUGCUAAACCUUCCUAGAAAUCCUUCAUCAACUGAUAAACAAGACAAAGACUAAAAGGGUCCUGGGCCUUGGAAAGCUCUUGGGAGAGUUUCAGGAACUGUGCUGCCAUAUCCACAUCCUUGCUGGAUGACAAAUCUGAAUGCUGGCCCUAGAUGGGAAGUGAUUUAAAUGUUCUUUUUCAUUUUGAUUUCACACCAGGAUUUGGACUGUUGUACUCUAAUACAUUUAAAUACAUAGUUACAUGUAUUGGUCUGUUAUGUUUCUUAUAUCUAUACUGAUGGAUAAAUGUACUUUUUCCUGAAUUUUGCAAAAGUAAAUAUAAAAUUUCCUAAAAGAUUAAA